AUGCACACCAAAAUCAUUGCGUCAAGCGACAAAAUUGUCGGUGUUGACAGCACUAAUCUGCGCGGCCUGACCAUCAUAGCGAUUAAGAAGGCCCUGGUGAACCUAGGCUAUUCGGAUGUAUAUCAUGGUUAUACCGCUGCCACUGAGAAUCCCCGAGACUGUGAGAUGUGGCUGGAUGCAAUGGCGGCCAAGUGGGAUGGGAUAGGAAAACCCUUUGGCAGAACAGAAUGGGACCAGCUUCUCGGCCAUUGCCAAGCGGUUACCGAUAUCCCCGCCGCAGUGUUUGCCAAAGAGCUCAUCGAAGCAUACCCUGAGGCGAAAGUAAUUCUAACAAAUCGGAACGCUGAAGAAUGGCACAGAUCUGUCCAAGCCACUCUUCUCAAUAACGUUUUCCAUCCCUGGUCAUCGGUCGUAGACACUUUCGCCAUCCUCACUCGCAGUCCAAAUCGAUUCACUCGCAAGAUGUUCAUCCGUGCUUUCACCGACUACUUCCGGGGCGACUUCCAGCUCCACGGUGUUUCUGUUUAUGAGACCCAUUACCAAAUGGUGCGCAAUAUGGUGCCGAGGGAGAACUUACUGGAGUACCAGGUCCGGGACGGAUGGGAACCAUUAUGCAAGUUUCUAUCAAAAGAUGCCCCCAAGGGAGUUCCGUUCCCCAAUGGAAAUGACAGCUUUGAAACCACGAAUCGGAUUUGGGCGCUGGUAAAUAGUGAGGUCCAGCGACUGUUAGGACUUCUAUUCCGUGUUUUGGCAACUAUGGCGCUCCUUUAUGCCAUUGGUACAGGUGCAUUUAUAGACAUUGCGCUUCCUAUGAUAUCUGCUGUAGAGAAGUGA